AUUUUAGCCUGUGAGAGUUGCAGCACUUUCCUGUUGCAUGUACUCACCGAGAAGUUGAUGAGCCAUGCAGCAGACACCAACAUCAAGUGAUUUUGAAGCUUUAACCUCUGUCAAAAUCUGUUCUACAGGUGUGCUUGGUUUUGCUGAUGAAAUAUCAGUGAUGAAGGGAAGUUCAGUCACUCUGGACUCUGGUCUUACUGAAAUAAAAAAUGAUAAUGUGAUUCAGUGGGGGUUUGGACGUGAAAAUACUUCACUUGCUGAAACUAAUAAACAGACCGACAGAAUGACUGUGUAUGAUGAUGUUCUUGAUGGGAGAUUCAGAAACAGACUGAAGCUGGACGAUCAAACUGGAUCUCUGACCAUCACAAACACCACAACUCAACAUGCUGGAGCUUAUGAACUGCAGAUCAACAAUGUGAGGAAGUGUUUCCUUCUCACUGUCUAUGGAGACAAGUCGGUGUCAAUGAAAAUUGGAAAUUCAGUCACUAUAAACUCUGGUCUUACUCAAAUCAUGGAGGAUGACAAGAUUCAGUGGAGGUUUUUAGAUGAUGCAACAAUGUGGUUGUCUGGAUAUGAAUACAUUUUAAUAGCUGAAAUCAAUAAACGGGCAGACAGCAUGACUAUAUCUGAUAAUGCUCUUGAUGGGAGAUUCAGAGGCAGACUGAAGCUGGACGAUCAAACUGGAUCUCUGACCAUCAGAAAUGUCAGAAUUCAUCAUGCUGGACGUUAUAAACUGCAGACCACAUACAUAAAGAUUGACUACCUUUUCACUGUCUAUGAUGAAAUAUCAGUGAUGGAGGGAGAUUCACUCACUUUAAACUCUGAUUUUAUUGAAAUGAUGGAUGAUGAUGAGUUUUGGAGGAUUCGAUUGAAGGUUUUGACUGAUGAUCAGAUUGAGUGGAGGUUUUUAAAGACUUUAAUAGCUAAAAUCAAUAGACGUGUUAACACAAGCACCGUAUACGAGUAUGUUCUCGACGGGAGAUUCAGAGACCGACUGAAGCUGGACAAUCAAACUGGAUCUCUGACCAUCACAAACAUCACAACUGAAGAUGCUGGAGAUUAUAAACUAAAGAUAACUGGAUCAAAACCGUCAUCAAUAACAUUUAAAGUUUCUGUCUUUACUCGUCUGCCUGUUCCUGUCAUCAGCAGAAACUCUUCAAACUGUUCUUCAUCUUCAUCUUCAUCAUCAUCAUCACAGCAGAAUUGUUCACUGUUGUGUUCAGUGGUGAAUGUGAGUCAUGUGACUCUCUCCUGGUACAAAGGAAACAGUUUAUUGUCCAGCAUCAGUGUGUCUGAUCUCAGCAUCAGUCUCUCUCUACCUCUGGAGGUGGAAUAUCAGGAGAAAAACAGCUACAGCUGUGUGAUCAACAAUCCCAUCAGAAACCAGACCACACAUCUGGACAUCAGCAAGCUCUGUCACUCAUGUUCAGACUCUGAACACUGUUGUGGUUCUACUGAAGCUGUGAUCCGAUUGGUCCUCUCUGCUCUGGUGGGCGUGGCUACUGUCUUUCUUCUGGUUUAUGACAUCAGAUCCUGAAGAGUUGAACAAGAUCAAGUAUAAGUCCAUAUGACAACAAUGCUCUGCUCUGCUCUAGCCUCUUAAGACCCAGCAAAAUUAUUUGAUUUACUAUUUUUCUUUGUGCAAAAUGCAUUUAUAAAGGUCAUAUUCAGGUUACCUCAUUAUAUAUAAUGUAUCUAUAAACAAAAUCUAAUUAGCAUAUUAAUGUGUUUUGGGGGCAACAUGUAAAAAUAAGUUUAAUAAUGGGAGUAAUAAUUGACAAGAUUUUCACAAUAAUAUAUAACAUUUCAUAGGAAUAUUGAAGUAUAAUUUCUUUCCCUAUUCAUUUGUUGUGUCUCCCAAAAUGAGUAAUAAACAUGCUUUUAGUACCAGUAUCCUCAUACGAGGACAUACAUGAAAUCAAAAUCCUGUUUCACAACAGAAAGUCAUGUUUUGAUUGGAAACCCCAUAACAUUUUCCUGAGAAGUUGAUUUAUGACACACAGUUUCUAUUGGUCCUUCAGAAAUCAUUAUAAUAUGCUGAUUUGCUGCUUAUUGAUAAACAUUUCAGAUUAUUAUCAAUGUUGUGAAAACAGUUGCGCUGCUUCAUAAUUUUGUGGAAAAUGUUAUACAUUACUAUUCAGUCUAGGGUAAUAUUAGCAUCACAAUAUAAUAAAGUAUCAUAGUUUUCAAAAAACAAUAUUAAGCAGAAAACUAAAUUUUAAGUGUAAUGUUUUAUAAUGUUAUUAUUUUUGCAUUUUUUAAUCAAGUAAAUUCAGUCUUCAGCCUUAACAAUUGUUUAUCGUACAAAUUUUACUGCAAAUAUUACUGAAUUGUCUCUUCAUCUUUAGCUGCUUAGCUGUUUCUCUGAAAGAAAAGAGCCAGGUUAACUCACAUGUACGAAAGUUCUAAGCGGCCAUGCAUUAUAAUUUUUUUUCCUUUUUGUUUAUAGUUAUAACGACUUAAUUUUCUCGUUAUCUCGACAUAACGAAAGUCGUUUUCUCGUUAUAACGACUUAUUUUUCUCGUUAUCUCGACAUAAUGAAGUUCGUUUUCUCGUUAUAACGACUUAUUUUUCUCGUUAUCUCGACAUAACGAAAGUUUGUUUUCUCAUUAUAACGACAUGACAGUUUUACUGUUGCUAUAGUAACGAACUCAACUUUGACAGGUAUCUGAUGGACAACCAUUUUGAUUUUUCCAGAGACAGUACAACGAACGUUUUGUUUUUGUAAUUAACAUGUUUAAAUGGCAACACCACGAAAUUAGAGCUGCUUGGAUUAAACUCACUUUUCAUUUUCCCUUUAUUUGAAAUAAAAUUAUAUAUAAUUUGUAA